AACUAAGCGAACUAUGAAAAAUAGUCAAAGCGUACUGAAAAAUUCUUUAUAUUUAGCAUUUUAUAACAUUUAACGUUCUUUUUUCUUAAGCAAAAUAAAUGGAAUUAUAAUAUUUGGGAAACCCUCCUUAGUGUAUGCCCAACGCAUUCUCGCAUCCCAGUCAUGAUUCUUUUAUUCUAAUAACUCUUUUAGCUGAUUGUUCACACUUUAUCGAGACUUGUAGCACGAACAGGUAGGAGGAGAAACCUCUUUAGAAAACCAACUGACCACAAAACGUGUACAACAAAGGCUUUCUUUUAGCGUGCGUUUAGCUCUUGUUCUAAGGAUUUGAAAGGCGUUUGUCAUCGAACGGGUGGAGCUCCAGUUAUUAUGUUUAAAGACUUUGGUUUGGAUAAUUAGCACCCAUGCCCUUCUGUCAUUGGGCGAUUUGGAUAUGAUUACUUAUACAACAGCAGUCGUUUGAAGGCUGAGAAUCCAUAUAUAUUCAGCUACCAUAGUAAAGCAGUGUCCUUCACUUAUGGAAAUUGGGCUGACACGGAAUUUAGAGCUGUCCAACGCUUUUAUAUUAUCCAGAAUCUACUAGCCGCCUCUAAAGCGAGUUUACUUUUUGACAGACGAUCUAUUUACAAAACAUUGGCUUGAAAUAGAAGUCAAUCCAAUCCUACAGUAACUUGGUUUGUGAAUUCGCCAAAGCGGCAUAUCGUGAGAGAGGAUUUUAAUUAAGGGUGAAMACAUCUAAUUCAAAAACAAACCCAAGCUGAGGUAUUUUGAAGGCUAAAAGGUCCUGAUUACGUGUUCCAGAACAACUCAUCGCACCACGAAAGUGACUGUUUAGAAUUCCAAUCCAUAAUCUUACUGGAAUCAAGAUUAACAUUCAAGAUCACAGGGAAAGAAGGCUUUUAUCGUUGAUAGCGAAACCACAAACUCACUGCUACUGACGUAUAUACCACGUAAGGAACGUCAACAAUUUUGAAGACAUUUCAAACGGCCUUCGCUUAAUCGCUUGGGUCAUUGUAUGUUGUCACAGAAGAUCAGCAUCGCUAUAAUAACAUUGUUGUUUUUUCUUCCAUUGCCUGGCUGGAAAUAAGAAGAUAUCUGUGAUCUAUUUGGGUACAUGAUUUUGCUAAAGGGAAUUUCAACUCUGUACACUUAAUCGCUUUUGAAAUCUUCGUGUCAUCGUAAGGCUUAAAUCAUUGCAUUUGGAAGCAUCAAAGCUGUCAGUCGCCGAGUCGAAAGAGAUCAGCUUUUCCUUAUCAAUCUCAAGCGUUGUAUACAAGCUCCUCAAGRAAACAGUGCAGUAAACGACGACCACCGCUGCGACAAUAAGAAGCCCUACUUUUAACAGUAAUAUUUUAUGAAAAGAUUACAUUGAUCUUGUCAAAAGCACUGUGUGGGAUAUCGCAAAUAAGCCGUGAUUUAUCUGGGUUUCAUUAAGAAAGRAUUGAAGGGUUAUAUAUUUAUCAUUGGUAGAACACUGGCCUCGAUGUGUAAUCCGCUCUCUGUUAUUAAAGAUUUAAGACGAAUGACUUUAAAUCGCAGGUCAACGAGCCUAUUGAAUUGAUAAGUACUGUCUUAUGACUAGAUGGUGUUCAUGACGAGAAGAAAACAGAACAUUCGCAGAGAUCCUGAUUGAUUCAUUGCUGAAUACAACUCAAAAUCAUCCGUUGGAAAAAGGCAGAUUUUGYUAUUGAAUUAUCAUCCCUUUAAGUUAAUUGAAAACUCAGAAGAAACCACAAGGACAAUAUAAUCAAAAUAAAUAUUAUUUUUGGUUUGUUUGUAAAUCAAUGCAGCAAUGGAGGAUAUUGUGAAGUGAUUGGGAGAGAAUUAGACUAUUGUGGUGGUUGGACUGGGCCUCAUAAAGUGUACUGGACGGAGAUUUGAUCGUCAAUUUACAGAAUCAGUAGAGACAUUGCCUUGUUGUGGUUAAAGGAAAGUUAACUGAGAUCAGCAUCGAAGAAGGGAAGAUUUAUUUUACGAGCACUGGAAUAAGUAUUCAAUGCGAAUUCCUUCCAUGAGACAAUACCUUUUUACAGCAGAAGUCGGUCUUAUGAUGCCAAAACCUAAACGAGGUAUCAAGAAACGACUAAUGAAUAAAUUAAGGUCUUUAUUUUCACGUCAAAAAUCACCGUCCCGCCGACUGCGUCRUAGUGAUUCCAGCUCAAACCCUGCACCAACAAAACCCACAAUGACAGAAAAACUCAGCAGUGUUCGAAACASGCAACCUGGAAAGCACGCUGCUCCUAGAGGAAUUCGUUUCAGUCGGCGAGCAGUUCAGAGGUCGAAGUAUUUAAGAGAGAAAUUCGGUGUUCGCAAGACGGUGAUGGGAUUUAGUCCACGUGUUGGGUCUAUUACUGAAGAAGAUGAGAACGAGAUAACRCUGUGGAGGUUGGCUGAGAAUGCAGAGAAUGUGAUUUCUAAUGGGCUUGUGUGGCUUCAGAGUGAUUUUAAAGAUUAUGACAGCGAUGAUGAUGAUGAUGAUGAUGAUGAUGAUGAAAAGAUACUUCAAAAGUGGAUUGAGAACAAUUCAUUUGAUGUCAUGCAGGAUAACAAUAUCGUUGAUGCUGAUGACAAGCCAUUGUCUGAUGAUGGUGAUGAUGAUGAUGAUGAUGAUGAUGAUGAUGAUGAUGAUGAUGAUGAUGAUGAUGAUGAUGAUGAUGAUGAUGUUUUUGAAAGUGAUGAAACCCAGUAUAAAGUUGAACAGAAUAAUGAUGGUAUUAAUGAUGAUGAUGACAAAACGGAUGAUUACGAUGAAUCUGCUGACGAUGACGUUGAUGAUAGCGAUGAUUCCGAUGGUAUUAUUACCCAUCAUGAUGCCAAUUGUCACGCAAUAUCUGAUUGUGUAGAUUACGAUAAUAAUGCUAAUAAUACUUCGGGAAUUGAUGACAGUGAUGAUCACACUAACAACAAUGAAGUACUUCAAUCCAAGGACAAUGCUAAUGAUGAUGACAAUGAAGAGCACGGCCCUACACAGGAUGAUAGUCGUCCAGGCUCUAGCCCACUUGUCAAAACCUACAAUGUUGAUAAUAAUGCCAACGAAAUAUUGGAUGGCUCUAAUCUUUCUGAAGAUAAUAUCAACAACAAAAAUACACGUGGACAUAAUUAUCAUCAUAAGCACGAAAAUAAGAUGCUUAUUGCUUGUAAARGAAAGGAAUCGGCUAUCAACACUUCAAGUUCAUACAAGUGCAACUACGUGGAUAUAAACUCAAAUGACUGUCUACAUCAUUUAACCAUCACUGACAGACCAGGUCCUAAAGAUAAACUUUGUCAUCACAAUACCACCUCAAAUGAUAUCAAAAGAAUUCAAACAGUUUCAAAAAUGCAUGCCAAAGGUCGAGAUAAUCAACCACGUGAUUUGAACAACCGCGAAACCGCAAAUUGUCAAAAUAAGAUGAUAUUUGAUGAGUAUCAAAGAAGCAAGGAAAACAAGUCAUGUGAUAAUUUAUGGACAGUUCACUAUAAUGGAUCAGUUGAUCAAAGUAACUAUAAUCAAGUUGACGAUGAUGACAAUGAUUACGUUUGGGUCAGUGACGUCAUUCGUGAUUCUGCAUCGAAAAGUGACGUCACAACUGUUGAUUAUGAUGGUCGCCCUUCUGAUCUUAAGAGAUUGAAAUCAAAAUCUAGUCUUCAAAAUACAGCGGGCAGUAGUAUGUUAACAAAUAUUGAUAACUAUGACAACAGUGCUUUAUCAAAUAGUAAAGACAAAUAUACCAUUGCCUAUCAGCAGCUUCCUUAUAGCUCUGUGCGCGGAGAACCAGAAACCAUUGAAGAAACAGAUACUUUACUAACUUAUACAAAACCAAAGUCUCACGAGGCAGCGAAAGCAAAGAAACUUUCUUGGGGAGAAGAUGAGAGUGACAUGCAUCUGGACAAUGUGUUGAAUUCAGUGAAAGAAGAAAUUGAGGAUGUGUGGACUCGUAUUUCUACUCUUGAGAAUGAUUUUCAUUUUGCAAGAACGACGAUGAAUAACAUAAAGACAUCGAAAAAGAAAUAGUAUCUAGAAACACUUUUUAGUGAAAGGAACUGGAAUUUCAAAUAGACAAUAUUAAGUAUUUAUUUAUAUGAUUAAUCUCAGUGUGUCAGUCUAACAUAGGUGAAUUGCAAUUUGUUACAAAUUAUUUAUAGUAUAUUACAAUAAAAUGACAGUGAUGUAAGGAUGGC